UCUGUACUUCUGUAGGUGUAAACGUAAAUUCGUAACUGUGUAUAUGUUCGUUUCUACUAUUCAAUAAUAAUUAUUAAUCAAAUUAAAAAUUUUACAUGUAAAUUUUAAUAUGAUUUGCUAUUUUAGAUCCACAUUAAUAAAAUCAUUGCUGAAUAAUGUUUUUGUAAAUUCAGUUUAAGGACAUUACAAUGUUUGUAGUAAAUUGCCUCGUAUAAAAUUAGUUGUAGAAAUCGCCUAUUUCCUUUGUGAUUAGAAAAAUAAAUGUAAAAUGCCUUGUGAAAGUUGCGCUGUACAAUUCAGUGUAUUUAAGAGGAAACGGCUAUGCUCAGAAUGCGAGCGAUAUUACUGCAGUGGAUGUUUACGACGCGGAGGAGGAACUAUGUGUGCUCCAUGCCGAGUGCUAUCCACCAGACCCUUGUUCCGACAGACCAUAGCUCACCUGAAGGUGCGCGAUCUGCAGUGCUUCCUUAAACAUCAAAACAUCUCGACCCGAGGCUGUGUCGAAAAAGAAGAGCUAUUGAGCUUGUGCAUCUCUCAUGUGAACAGCUCAGCAUACCGGCGACGAGGCUCUCGGACUGGGGCUAGUCCAUUUAGCAACACACUUAAGGGCAUCACUAAUAACAUAAACGAAUUUAUUACUUCUACAUUUGAUUUGCGUAAUACAGGGCAUCAACCACCACAUCCUGAUAGAAGUAACUGUUACAAUUCAGCUCACUCUCACUCUCCAACUGGAAACAGUGAGAUGAAUGAAAACAUACCUGAUCAACGAUUUACACCUACUCCAGGUGGGGAACGCGACGUACGGGUCCCACUCGUGACACCGGCCCCCGUCUCGCGCAGUGCUUCAGUCGAGACCGCUAGAGUGGACACCACCGAUUGCUUUGAAAUAGAGGACCUCGAAGACUUUGGCUGGGAAUUUGUUACUCCUCCGGCUGAUCCUUUGCCUACAGAUUCAGCCGUUCUAAUAACGGACGAAGAGGUGACGGAGCUGCGGUCGGCCGGAGGGCGCUCGACCUCCGACCUGGACCUCUCGCGCGGCGAGCCCCACUCCCGCCCCGACACGGCCAGUCUGCGCGACGAACCGCUGCACGUCACCGCGGAGAAAGAGCCGGAGACCGCUCCGCCGGUGAGCUUGGAUCAGAUCAGACGGGCGUCGGAGCUGGAAGGGCUGUCGGUGCGUCAGCUGAAGGAGCUGCUGGCCAGGAACCGCGUCGAGUACCGGGGCUGCCUAGAGCGGGCCGAUCUUCUGCAGCGCGCGAGGCUGCUGCUCGCCGACCACGCCCGGUGCCGCGCGGAGGUGGAGCGGCUGCCCCUGGAGGAGUGCUGCAAGAUCUGCUGGGCGGCGCCGCUGGAGUGCGUGCUGCUGGAGUGCGGCCACAUCGCCGCCUGCACGGCCUGCGCCAAGCGCCUGCCCGAGUGCCCCAUCUGCCGCCAGUACGUGGUGCGCGCCGUGCGCUUCUUCCGCUCCUGAGCGCCUCU